AUGCCGGCAUCGUCGCCAUCCCCGUGGCCCACUGGAAGCAAGCAGUUGCGCAUCUUCGAAGCCCGCGGGUACGACAAGGUCAUCUACCUCGACUCGGACGCGGUCAUUCAGCGCAAUUUAGACCAUUUGUUCCAUCUGGGGGACGCCGUGCUGUGGGCGCCGCACGCUUACUACCUUCCCGAGACCUACAUGUUUGGGUCGACGUUGCUCGUGUUUUCCCCCAGUUCGAACCAAACAUUUGAAACGAUUGAACGGGCCAUGGCCACGCCGCCGCGACCCGACUACUACGACAUGGACGUCCUUAACGAUCUGUUCCGAACGACGUGCGGGUACCUUCCCAACCACUACGUCGUGCUCACGUACACGAUCGUGGACGAUGCCACAUGGUCGUUCACGUCCAAAGCCGAGCGCAUCCUCAACACUUACGUGCACCACUUCUCGCCUGGACUUGGCAUAUUCAAGCCCUGGAACACCCCGCGGUCCAUCCUGGACCACCGAGAGGCAUCGUACGAACCCUUGUUUUACGACCUCUUGGCCGAGUACUGGGACCACGAAGACGCGAUGUGUGCGUGGUUGCAAGCUGGCCACGGCUAA